AUGCUGGCUGUCGAUGGCGUGCUGCAGCCGCCCGCCGACCUGCAGGGCAUCAUCGACAAGACGGCGCAGUUCGCGCUCUACACCGUCCCCCGCCCCGUCGGCGUCGUCCCCCUCGACCUCGACACGAUCCAGCUCUCGGCGCAGUUUGUCGCGCGCAACGGCCGCCCCUUCCUGACGGGCCUGGCGAACCGCGAGUCGAAGAACCCGCAGUUCGACUUUCUCAAGCCGACGCACUUCCUCUUCCCCUACUUCACCUCCCUCGUCGACGCCUACUCCAAGUGCCUCGCGCCGCCCGAGGGCCUGCGCGAGCGGCUCGCCUCCGACUCGGCCGACCCGGCGGGCGCCCUGACGCGCAUGUUCCGGCACGCGGCCUUCCACCGCGAGAAGGAGCGCGCGAAGCUGAGCCAGGAGAGCGCCGUGGACGCGGAGCGGCGCGCCAACCUCCUCAUCGACUGGCAGGACUUUGUCGUCGUCGAGACGAUUGGGUUCGACGACGACGAAGAGGAGGCGCUGCCGGCGCCGCAGGACCUCAAGGAGGCGGCGGCGGCGGCGAAGCCGGCGGAGGGGCAGCCCGCCGCGGCCAACGAGCAGGGCGACGCCGAGAUGGAGGAGCUGCCUCCUCCGCCUCCGCCCGGCGUGCCGGAGCGGCUGAUCCGGAAGGACUACGUGCCGCAGAUUGGGGUCAAGCCGGCGGGCAGCGUGGGCUACGCGAUCGACCCGAUCACGCGGCAGCAGGUGCGGCUCGACGAGAUGGAGGAGCACAUGCGCAUCUCGCUGCUCGACCCGAAGUGGAAGGAGCAGAAGCAGCUCGAGGAGGAGAGGCGCAAGGACUCGAACGUCGCCGGCGACGAGGACAUCAACCGCGCGCUCAAGCACUUUGCGAAGCGGCGGACCGACAUCUUCGGCGACAAGGAGGUUGCCAUCGGAGAGAUGGUGGGCGCCAACGCGGUGCAGGAGGAGAUGGAGCUCGCCAAGAAGGUCAUCUGGGACGGCCACUCCUCCUCCAUCGCUCGCACCGCCAACAUGGCGCUGCAGACCGGCAUGCGCUCGCAGGAGCCGGCCAUCGACGCAUCCAGUAAUCUUGGUAAUCCGUUUCUAGAGCGAAAGCUAAAGGGGGAAAAAGACACACAACCCGUCCCGCGAACAGCCUCCCCCCCUCGCGACGCGCUCGAGGAACAGCCAAAAUAA